UUCUGCAUCAUUAAGAUGAAGAAACUCUUCAUAUUCCUGCUGUUUACCGUCUUGCUUUUUGAAAAAUAUGCAAAUAGUCAGACAUGUGAAAUUGAUAACGUGAUUGAACUGAAGACUAAGAAAAUAAUUAAUUCUUCAGUGCCUUCAUAUCUGUCAAAGCUCCAACUGGUUUGCCAAAAUGUGUCUGCUCGAGGUGCUUUUGUCGCUUGUCCUUCAGGUUUUCUACCAACUUCAUGUGCCUGUGGAAUGGCUUGUGGGUCUUGGGAUAUUCGUCAAGACUUAAUUUGUCACUGCCAAUGUGCCAAUAUUGACUGGACUUCAGCCCGGUGCUGCAAAAUUGCUUAACUGAUGGCUCCUAAGCCGCUUUGAUGGCAAGUUGCCUCCAGUUUCUUUGCUCAAUAAAAGU